AUGGUAUUGAAGCUUCUAGACACCGACCGAGGCUGGUGGGCUCGGGCCUUCACGGCCGGCUCGAAUGAUGAGCCUUCAAUGAGAAAAAUCUGCAGCCAAAGAAGAAGCACAUCUAGUUCAAGCCACCCGUAUAAGCCGUCAUACCCUGUACAGGUCCUCGAUACUUCCGGGCCGACUUCUCAGGAGCUCAUAGAAGGACUCCGAAAAGAUAACCUACUGGAGUUCUUAAUCGAAGAGGGCCGAGAAGCCGACUUUGGCAGGCUGUAUGGUACUUAUAGAUCCCUCUACAAAGCAGGACACGAGUUGGAAGCCUGCAUUCUCAUCAUAAAAUACUGGCUAGGGGAAUGCUGGAAUCACCACCCCAUAUGCCAAAGCGAGCCAGAGGGCUGGGUCCCCGAGCUCCCCCGCCGCCUCAUCUACCUGGGCGAGCUUUCAACAGCCACCGUUGAAGAGAUCAAGAUCGUAGACACCGAUGACCACGCCGACUUCCAGUACAUUGCCGUGAGCUAUAGAUGGCCGAUGUUCCUAUCCCCAGACCAGCAAUUAAACGAAGACACGCGACAUGCGUUUUACCGUGGCUAUCCAGUUUCACGCCUCCAUCCUUUGUACGCGGACACGUUCAAGGUGGCUGCCAUGCUCGGUAUCAAAUACGUCUGGAUCGACGCACUAUGCAUUCUGCAAGGCGCUGAUCAAGACUGGCUCGCCGAAGGGUCCAAAGUAGCCUCUGUCUACGGAAACUCCAUCUUCACGCUCGCCUACGGGGACGGACCCGACCACCCGGAUUCGGAGCCUGGGUACCCGCUCUACCAUGAAAGCUGCCGCCUGGAAGAAGCGGUCCGAGCAGCCUCGAGACCGUUCCUACAGGGAAAGCUGACAGAGUUUGACCGGAGGAACCCAGAGGCCCUCUACUCCUGGCUGGAGGUAAACGGCAACUUCCCAACGAGGCCGGAGGGCGAGAUCGACAAGCGAGGGUGGGCGUUUCAGGAAAGGCUGCUAUCCAAAAGAAUCCUCUCGGUGACCAAAGAUGGCUUCUUCUGGGACUGCUGCAGCCUCAACGCCGCCGACUGCCGACCUCUUGGGCUGAGGGGCGACUUCAGUCCCAAGUUCCGAGACUCGGAGGAGAGACGGCUCAAGACGCUGCUGCUCACAGGAAGCGUCAGCCGAGAGGUCGCUCUGGACAACGACAUGUACCUCCUUUGGAGGCAAAUCGUUGAAAAGUACAGCCAUCGGACCUUCACCUACAAUAGAGAUAGGCUUGUUGCCUUGAAAGGCGUCGUCCAGCGCUUCCAGACUGUGGUCAAGGAACCGUGUAUCUUGGGGAUGUGGCAAGGCGAUGUGCUCCGGUCGCUGGUGUGGUUCUGUGAUACGGAGCCGGACAGCCCGGACUUGUUGAGUAGAUGGAACAACGAUCCCCAUGAGCUCCGUGUCCCCUCAUGGUGCUGGGCGUCCGUGGAAUCUCCAAUUGGGUACCGACUCUGGCAUCCGUACCAGAGAUAUGCCACCCACAGUAUCGAAAGCGUGACCCUCUGCGCGGAUCUGGAAGGGAUAACUGCCGAACUAGCGCCAACUUCGUACUCGACUUACACCGGCACUGUAUCCAUAAAAGGUCCUCUUACGAGUAUAGCCCCCGUAGCGUUGGUGCGUCCGGGUUGCAAGGUGAUUCGAGAUUCGCACCGUCAAAAGUACCGAUUUGCAUACUCCCAACUUCAGCACGUCUACAUCCUACCGAUCCUAAAAGCUGGAUAUUCCGCGAACCUGCAGGGGUACUAUUGCCUAAUCCUUGUCGAAGCCGGGUUGGACCUGUCCAGUUCGCGUAGGGUUGUUGAAUUCGAGUCGGACCUGAAUAUGGGAAUAGCCCCGGAGAUGAAAUUCGAGCGCGUCGGAAUCCUUGUUGUCGAUUGCGCUACGAGACACGACCUUUGCUUCAACGACCCGUCCUUCUGCCGAAGUGAAGAAUGUAAGAAAGGGUUCAGUCUCGGUAACGAAGGCGGGAAGACACGCCACUUCACAGGCGAGGCUCGCUGUUUGGGAAGAACAAUGAUUGUUCGCAUCGUCUAG